GCCGAUGUCGAGUCACAGAAUGAAAUAUGUGAGACUUAAGCACUCUGUGUAGCUGUCCCUGUUAUUUCAUAUUUUCUUGCAUUUAGCCUGUCUCUGUCUGGUUGUUCUUUUCUGCCUAAAGGGGAGGAUGAGUGUGGAGGCAGCCGACCGGGUAGCUGCAGUGGUUAGCAGCUGGCCUGGUACACCUCUGCAGACAUCCUGGUUUGAGUUUCUCCUGGAUGGCAGCCUGUUGGAGAAACACCUACAAAAGUCUAAUCCUGAUCCCACACCAGUGCAGCUGAUAAUCCAGUUCCUGGAGCAGGCGUCGAAGCCUUCAGUGAAUGAACAGAAUCAAGUGCAGCCUCCAGCAGACAAUCGCAGGAACCGUACUCUGAAGCUGCUGGCAUUGAAAGUAGCUGCUCAUAUGAAAUGGGACCUGGAUGUACUCGAGAAAGGAUUGACUAUUCCAGUGUUGAACAUGUUACUGAACGAGCUCCUGUGUGUGAGUAAAGUGCCUCCAGGAGUGAAACAUGUGGACCUGGAUCUAUCCACGCUGCCUCCCACCACUGCAAUGGGUGUCAUCAUUUACAACCGCUGGGCCAUCAGAACCAUUGUCCUCAGCAGCUUUCCAGAGAAACAGACCAAACCAGGACCUCAUCAGAUGAACAUGUUGAGUAUUGUGCAGCAGGAGAAGGAAAUGACUGAAAACAUCCUUACUGUGCUUAAAGAGCAGGCAGCAGAUUCCAUCAGUGUCCUGGAAGGAGCUCUGCAGCUGAAGAAAGAUUUCUACGUUCACACUUUGAGGACUUUGGAUUUACUGGCUGCUGAUGCUGCAGCCAAUGGAGAGACAGAGUCGUCCACCGCAGGACUUUGCAUCAGCGCUGACGAGCUGCACUGUCAGGUACAUUAUGAUUUAGGAGGUAUUUUCUUCCAGCAAGGCUGCACAGACCAGCCUGCUCAUGAGAAAGCCAGAGAUCACUUCAGACAGACGAAGGAGCUGCUAAAGAAGCUGGAUUCGACUAUCCAUGUUCACCUGGAUGAGAAGCGUCUGGCUGGUUACUGGAACGCCUGCAAAGCUUUGACUGGAGACUGUGACCCCUCUGACUCCCAGACGUUACCCUACGACCAGAUCAACAGCCUGAUCAGGGCGUGCAACUACCAGGCUGUGAUUGAAGCCUUCAUUAAAGAUAAUGUGUCUCGCAGUCUGCCAAACCACUUUAGACGUUCUGUUCUCAGGGAGUUCCUCUACAAAGUCCAACAAGGGGAAUCAGGCCUGGAUGAGGUCUGCCAUAAGAUUUGUGUUUGCAACGCCAUUCGAGAUGCUCUGGAAGGAGAAAUCCUCAGUGUGCGUUUCCAGCAGCUGCUGCUGAAACCCAGUAAACGCAUAGUGGAUUUCAUUUUAGAGGUCUGCACACGAUCACUGGAAAAAGACUGUCCUCCAGAGACAUCCAGAAGAAACAUGGCCAAUUUCAUGAAGACUCUGUGUGAGAGCUUAGAGGAGCUGUCUCUGGUCUUCAUGGUGUCAUCUCAUAAACUCUUCAUGGAGCUCCUGAAGGAGGAGGAGAGGAAGGUUCUGGUGGAGCAGAUGAGGAAGAGAUCAGCCACAAUCAACCUCAGCGCCAAACCUCUGCCAUCCUUCUAUGACAUUCCAGCUUCAGCUAGUGUGAACAUUGGACAGCUGGAGCAGCAGCUCAUCCUCUCACUGGAGCCACGCAGGAUCAGGCAGAUCCUCAUUGAGCUCCACGGCAUGGCUGAAAGGCCCUUCUGGAGGGUCAACAGCAAGUGGGAGGUUCCUUCUGAUUACAUCAACGUGAUCCUCAGUAUUAAAGACAACCUGACCAAGGACCUGGUCUAUAUCCUCAUGGCCAAAGGUCUCCACUGCAUAUCAAUAAAGGACUUUGGUCAUGCGCGGCAGCUCUUCUCCGCCUGUUUGGAGCUUGUUACUGAGUUUUCACCUAAGUUGAGGCAGGUGAUGCUGAAUGAGAUGCUGCUGCUCGAGGUCAGGGCUCAUGAAACUAUGGCAGCUGAGGGCAGCAAAGAAAGACCACCCCCUGACCUGGUCAGCAGGGUCCGAGGUUACCUGGAGAUGAGAAUUCAUGAUCUGCCUCUGCGUCAGGUGGUUGGUGAGGAAUGCGUCGCCUUCAUGUUGAACUGGAGAGAGAAUGACUACCUGACUCUGCAGGUGCCGCCAUCUUUGGUCAUGAACAACCCGUACAUCAAGCUCGGUCAGCUUCUGGCUUCCACAUGCAAAGAGCUCCCAGGUCCUAAAGAGAGCAGACGCACGGCCAAAGAGCUGUGGGACGUGGUGGUUCAGAUCUGCAGUGUGUCCAUUCAGCACAAGAGGAACAACGAUGGCCGAGUGGGCCUCAUUAAACAGAGGGAGUCCUCCAUGGGCAUCCUGCACAGGAGCAAAUUUAUCACUUUCAUCAAGAAACUUAGAGAGCCACUGGUGCUGACAACACUCAUCUCCCUUUUUGUGAGACUCCACAGUAUUGUCCGGGAUGAUAUUGUAAAUGAGGUGACAGCAGAACACCUCUCCAUCUGGCCAUCUUCUCUGCCAAAUAUACAGGCAGUGGAUGUUGAAGCUGUGGCUGUGACGGUUAAAGAGCUGGUAUCCUACGCCCUCACCCUGAACCCCAAUAAUCAGUCCUGGCUCAUCACACAGGCCGACAUUUACUUUGUCACAAACCAGUACUCUGCUGCCCUGAACCUGUACCUUCAGGCUGGAGCUGUGUGCUCCGACUUCUUCACCAAAGCUGUACCACCUGACGUCUACACAGACCAGGUGCUGAAGAGGAUGAUCAAGUGCUGUUCGAUGAUGAACUGUCACACACAGGUUGCCGUUCUCUGCCAGUUUUUGAGAGAAGUCGACUAUAUGACUGCGUUUAAAGCUCUUCAGGAACAGAACAGUCACGAUGCCAUGGACUCUUUCUACGAUUACAUCUGGGAUGUCACCAUUCUGGAAUAUCUGACCCAUAUUCACCACAAACGGGGCGAGACUGAGAAGAGACAAAUAGCUGUUAAAGCGAUCGGUCAGACAGAGCUGAACACCAGUAACCCUGAGGAGGUGCUACAACUGGCUGCACAGAAGAGGAAAAAGAGAUUCCUGCAGGCCAUGGCCAAACUGUACUUCUAAUAAAUGAACCACUGUCAGACUGUAGUUUGUGGAAAUGUACAUUUUAUUUUUUAGUUGAAAAUAAACACUUUUAUAAAUACAUGGAA